AUGAUAAAAAAGAUACUGAACAAUCUGAACAACUCAAAUGAAGAAAAGGAUGACAAUUUUAGCCACAGCGAAAAUAUUUUAAACCUAAUCGAAGGAAUAAUUAUACACGAAAAUUCCUACGGAAACUAUGUGAACAUAUUAAACGAAUUAACAACGUUAUGUUAUGAGGAUCCAGUGAACUUUAGGAAAUUUUUUUUUGCAAAAAGUGAAAAUGUGGAAGAACAAAAAAAGAAGGCCAACCAAAUAUUGGACAGAAUAUUAAUUGUCCUUGAAAAAUAUGAAGAUGCAAGGAGCACAUUUCUCCACUCAAUUGCCAAGUUAAUAUUUAUCAAUGCCUUUGAUCUGAACGUCGAAAUUUUGCGCACCCUCUGUGACUUGGCCUACAACGAGGAAUACAAGUAUGAUGUGCACUUGGUCUUUGAGGAAAUCGUGGCGGCGGCCAUGCUGAACUCGGCCGAGAACGAAACACUGAAGAAUAUUUUCAGAGGACUACAAAACAUGCCGAGGGAUGAAACGAUCGCGCGAAGCUUUACUAGUUGCAUACAUAAAGUCAUCAAGCUGUUGCGGGGCUCCUUUGAUGAACACAUCUUGGGAUUUCUCUCCGUGGCCACGUUAGAUCGGCACAACUGCCUAAUAGCCUACGACGAGGGACUACUGAAGAUCCUUACCGCGGAGAUGACCAAAAGAGAGCAAGAAGACUUCGAAGAAACGCCACCACACCUCGAGACGGUGUACCGAAUCGUACAGCAACUAUGUGGGAACCACGUUAAGCACUGCGCAAUGCUGAUAAAGGAAAAAAUGCACUUAAAUUUCUAUUUCAAGAAAAUCAAGGAAAUAAUAAAAAAAGAUUUUAUGAAUCAUUUUGAAAAAAAAAAAUCUGUCUUUUCCAAUAUAAUUCUAAAUACCAUAAAUAAUAUUUGCACAUUUGAGAAAGAAAUUCUAUUCGAGUUGUGUAACUCUCACCACUUUAUCGAUCUGCUUCUAAUUGGCAUUAAAAUGGACAUGAGCAAUCCGUACUUUUUAACCGCAAGUUUGGCUGGCUUAUUACUAGUAUUACAAAAUGAAGAGUUAUACAAAAAGAACAUUGAGUAUAUCUUAGAGAAUACCAAGGAUUUGAAAAUAGUGAUACCGUUCUUAUUUGGACAGAAAUAUAACUCCAUGCUUCGUUACUACCACAAAGCAGAUGAGGAUGUUGAAAUAUAUUUACACGACGUGGUUAAAAACACACUUGACAUCUUUGCCUUUUUUUUUAUGAAGGACGUAGAUAAAUUCACUGUGAAGGUGAAGAAGGCGUUCAGGGAGAGCGAUAUUAAUUACUACUUGCUCGUGUGCCUCGAAAGCCAAAACGAAGACGUGGUGAUCCGCCUCCUCAGGUGUAUUCACCUCAUCCCAUUCGAAGACUGCAAGUCCAUCGAGUUCCACAAAAUAUUCUUCCUCCUGCGUGAAAAAGAAAUCACGCUGAACGAAAAGUGGAAGGAAAUCUACUACUACUGCGUCAAGAUAUACAUGAAGGUAAUAAAACAUGAAGACAUUUCCAAAAUUGUAGAGCAGUAUAAAUUCGAGGACACACUUACCGGCAUUCUACGCAUCAUGAAUCAGUUCCUCUUGAGGGCAGUUAUCCUCCACAGGAAAAAUGAUUUUGCGCCAUUAAAAGGGAGGAGAGCGGCUCGAGGGAGACACGGCGAGUAUGUAGGAGGUGAUGUGGACUAUAGGGAAGCAGAGGCAUACGCUAAUGUCGACUCGGAUGAUGGAGAAAUUGAUUUGAACAUGAUAACCGUGGAAGUACUACGCACGUGCUCCAGGUACCCCCCCUUGAGAUACUUCAUGAGAAACAACUCCAUGAGCUAUUACUUUAUAAACGUCUUAACAAAUGAAGACAGCCUGUUUAGCGAAAUAAACGUAGAUUACGACAUUUUAAUCGAACGCACGUGGUGUUCCAACAUUGAAAAUAUUUUCAAAGCUUUAGUCAAAAAUAACAUUGCAAAAGAUAAAAAGAUAUGUUUACGACUUUUAAUCAACGUGGCUGACAUUUUCAGUGGUUACUUUUAUCAAUUCAAAACGGAUACACAUUGUAACAUAUUCGACUUAUGUAAUAUGGAAGAAAAACACUGGAACAGGAAAAAAAUUUUGCAAUAUUUUUACAUGAUGAAUAGCGCUGACCUUGAGGAUUACAAAAAGCAACUACACACAUUCGUUACAUUCCAUAUGACCAAUUUAUACACCAUGCUGGACAUAUUUGUUGAGAAAAAUAUCUUCGCAGAAUUGAAGAAAGAGCAAAGGGAAAACUACUUCCCAGGGGUAUUAAAGUUUAACAAAUUAAAAUAUGAAAAAAAAAUUUCAAAAUUAAAAUUAAAGGAAAAGGAAAUCAGAUCAAAAAUUUUACCUGAACAAAUGGAAAAAAGAGAUAACAGGUCAGGUACUCCUCCCCUUGAUGAGCUACAAAACAUAAAAGACAAAAAGAAGAAAUUAUUUUUGUGGCUACACAAUAAUAACUUCCAGCAAACAUUUGACAUUUCUCUCGUGGAUGAUGACAUUGAGUGUAAUCUUGAGCACAUGUUCGAAAUGCCCAAGGUGGUAAAGAAAAAAAAAACAAUUCGCCCUGCAAGGGGAAAUGCCUACCUCGGAAAUGACUCUCCUGAUGUGACAAUUUUGAAAAGGACAUCACCUGAUGGGUCGCUGGACGACUCACUCACGGGGGAUGUCCACAGUGUCAACAAUGGUACAAGUCAAAUGGAAGGCGAAAAUGCACAAACAGGGAAUCCCCCCCCUCAGCAUGUACAGAUUGGUCAUAAUAAGGAAAUCCGUCGAAGGAACUCCUCCACCACUGAACCCUCUUACCGUGAUGACGAAUCUUCAGUCUCUUCCCUCGCAGAAGAAAAUCCAAACGACACGGUCUUAGACAGAAUCGCCUGUGAACUCUUGUCCUUCGAUAAGGAAAAAACUUACGAACAAAAAACUAGCCCCUUUAACAUACUUCUAUUUAGCAAAAGAGGCCUUUUUGUAAAUUGCAACAAAGGGCAAAUAAAUGUGGCACACAUUUUGCACACAUUUCUUCGCAUAUUUUUCAGCAUCAUAAUAAAUAGCGUAAACAAUAAUGAACAUGACCACUACCUACGGGUGAAGGAAUUUUUUUUAAAGACAAAUGUCCUCAAGACCAUGAUCCAACUUCUAUCACAGUGUAGUUUUUACGACUGUAGCGUAUAUGCUCAUUUCUUCCGUUUGUAUAGCGAAAUUUUGAAGCAAAAUUUGACAGCAGUGGAAUCCAUGGACAUGUUAAUUUUUUACAACAUUUUUUUCUACUACUGUAAAUUGCUCAGUAGAGAAUUUAUUAACAAACUUAUCAAUGAAGAAUAUGUCUUGUCGGACAAGGAACAAUAUUUUUACGCAGAAUUUUGUAAACUUUUGUAUUGUUUUACGCAAAAAAUUAUUUAUAUUCAAUUUUCUCACUACAGCGAAAUACAAAAAUGGUGUGUGGACUGUUCCUUGUUCUUUUUCUUCUACAAAAAUAAUAUUCUUCUCCUGCUUUACCUCUUUAUAUAUAUUAAUAGCGUCCAUCACGGAUCAGUCUACGCCUCCUAUAUUUACCACAAGAAAAAUUUUACUUCCAUUCACACCAUCUUCUUUUACACACUCUUCACCCUUUCCUACUUGAUGUGCUUUUGCAAAAAGUUGAAGUACUUUAUUUUGUACUUUGUCAAUUAUAAGAAAUAUAUUCACAAAAUACUCUUCAGGAGAUCCGUCCUUCACGCCCUUUUUCUGUACCAAAAACUUAUAUACUUGCGGAUCGUCCUGCAGAACCAGCUGUCUCUGGAACGACGCGCCCCCUCGCAGGUUUACCACAUUUCCCCAGUCAUCUACGUGCGGGAGAACGCCGUCGAAUGGUACUUCCUAGCAAUCGGACUGGACAAGUACUACCUCGUGUAUAUCCCACACAAUUUUGAAGAAAACAUAACAGAAGAUAAGGACAUCAAACUUAUAAUCCACUCUGAGAAAAAAUACAAAGACAUAACCAGAAUAUGCCUGACCAAACAUAAUGAUAAUUUUUUUGUCUUUGGUUACAUAAGUCACGAAGAUCAUAAGAGCUACGAACUCUACGAUGUUUUCAUAAGUGUUAACAGACAUUUUCGCGAUGAAAUAAUUUCCUAUUCUCAAUUUUUAUCCGGGGGCAGUGUAGAAACAAAGGUGGAUUUGGUGCAGGAUACCGUAUUCACAAAUAACCUCAAAAGGCACAUGAAUAUACGGAACAUUAUUAUAACCUCUUUUGCAUAUAAGGAGGUCAAACCAAAUGAGUAUUGUAAGGGGAGAGGAAAAGCAGGGGGCAAAAGGAAAGACAAUUUAGACAGUGGUAAACGUGAACAGCUGCAUGGAGCAUCACAUGAUGCACCAAAUGAAGAGUCCCUCCAGUCUGAACCCAAUUCGGACUCGUCUUAUGUUGAGUCUAGGGGUGCAUUCAGCCAACAGGAAAAGGCACCAUCUUCUGAAGCCGAAUCAAACGAAGAACAAUUUAACAUUUUUAGGAGAAAUACAAACAGCACGAAAAAAAGGAAACUCUUCUUUUUCGUUUUAACCAAAAAUCAUUUAUACAUUUUUAAAUUGAAUUUUAAAAAGUGGUUAUGUUUAAGUCCAUUCGUCGAUGGAGAAAAGGAUGACAUACAUCUUUAUGUGGAGUCCAGUCUAGACAGUGCAGAAGAACCCACCACAGGGAAAAAAAAAAUAGUCACCAAUGAAAAGAUAUAUUUAAAUAAUUUCUUGGGACUCUGUGCUAGUCCUACUGAUGACCAAAAUGUUGCAUUUGCCAGGAAGUGUGCAGUACGGAACACCAUCAAACAUGUGUACUCCGGUAACAACACGGAGUACACCAAUGAGAAUGUCUUCUUGUCGACGAACACCACGUCCACCACGCAGACUGACGGGCAGAGCGACGGUAACGGUGACGAUCACCGAGACGACCAUCGAGACGACCAGCGCGGUGAUGAGGUUCUCAAGGGUGGACAACAUGACGAACAUAACCAGAGAUACCUAUCUGCAAACAAAUCCUUCCUAAAAAUUGUGCACAAAUACAAUAACGAAAAUUUGAGCAAAAUUAAAUUUGUUAAUAAUUACGAAAGUAUAGUAGCGCUCAACUAUAAAGUCAAGCAUGGGGAGUUGCCGGAAAAAAAAAUUAAAAUCAUCAUGUUCGAUGAUUAUACGCGGGAGCUCUGGAAACGGGCUCUGGCAUUUUCGCUCAACAUACAAAUGACUUCCUCGUAA